AUGACCCACUAUAGUGUUUUCUAUGUAUUCUAUGAACAAUACUUAACAACUUGGAGGGACACUGUCUUCAAUCUGGUCAUCGCUAUCGCCGCCAUAUUUGUGGUCACUUUUAUAUUCUUAGGCUUUGAUUUAAUGUCAUCACUCAUUAUUGUCGUUACAAUUGUGGCCAUUGUUAUAGACUUAAUGGGAGUAAUGUUUUGGUGGAAUAUAUCAUUGAAUGCCAUAUCACUCGUUAAUCUCGUUAUGUCUGUGGGCAUUUCAGUGGAGUUUUGUUCGCAUAUAACGCGUGGAUAUGCUAUGAGUUUGAGGACCACUCGUGUGGAGAGAGCGGAGGAAUCGUUGGCCAGAAUCGGGUCAUCAGUUCUGUCGGGCAUAACAUUCACCAAAUUCUGGGGAAUUGUAGUCCUGGGGUUCGCGUCGUCCAACAUAUUCAAGAUAUUCUACUUUCGUAUGUAUUUAGGGAUUGUAGUGAUCGGCGCCGCACACGGACUCAUACUUUUACCCGUUGUGCUCAGUCUUAUCGGUAGUAAUCUUAGGCGCCCGACGGUCAGUAAUGAUAUCGUUCACAAUUAAUUAAAAAACAUUAACUAAUUAGUUAUGUUGAUAUUUUAUAUGUUUUGAAAUUUAUGCAUAUUUAAAUAUUUGUAA